AUGGGCAGAGAUUCCUUCUCCGAGACCUCCACCAUCUGCUCCUUUGAGAAGGAGACCUCACCAGAGGCCGUCGCCCCCGUCAAGCUCUCCAAGAGACAGAGAGUGAAGCGCGCGCUCCGAGAUAUCGGACACCCGCCCACGUACCGCUACGACCUCGAGCACGGCAUCGACACGAUGAAGACUGUCCCCGUCGGGCCCCAAGGCUCUAACGUCCUCAACCAGCCGUCGCGCAUCUAA